CAGGCUCUGUGUGACUGUAGGAGGAGUUUGCGGUCACCUCCCCUUCUGAGGCGCUGCGGCCAGCUUCCCCCGCCGAGGUACCACCCCAGCCGCCAAGAUGUCCAGCAAACGAGCCAAAGCCAAGACCACCAAGAAGCGCCCUCAGCGCGCCACCUCCAACGUCUUCGCCAUGUUCGACCAGUCGCAGAUCCAAGAGUUCAAGGAAGCCUUCAACAUGAUUGACCAGAACCGUGAUGGCUUCAUUGACAAGGAGGAUCUGCAUGACAUGCUGGCUUCCCUCGGGAAGAACCCCACCGACGAGUACCUGGAGGGCAUGAUGAGCGAGGCACCGGGGCCCAUCAACUUCACCAUGUUCCUCACCAUGUUCGGGGAGAAGCUGAACGGCACUGACCCGGAGGACGUGAUCCGCAACGCCUUCGCCUGNNGCCCUGCCGCCCCUGCAGGCUUCAUCCACGAGGACCAUCUGCGGGAGCUGCUGACCACCAUGGGAGACAGGUUCACUGACGAGGAGGUGGAUGAGAUGUACCGGGAGGCGCCCAUCGACAAGAAGGGCAACUUCAACUACGUGGAGUUCACCCGCAUCCUGAAGCACGGAGCCAAGGACAAGGACGAUUAGAGCCCCUCUGCUUCCUCCUGUGCACACCCCAACCCUGCCCCUCAGCCCCCCUUGCUGC